UUAUGUAUACAAUAUUCUGUCUGUAUGUCUGCAGGCCAGAAGAGGGCACCAGAUGUCAUUACAGAUGGUUGUGAGCCACCAUGUGGUUGCCGGGAAUUGAACUCAGGACCUUUGGAAAAGCAGGCAAUGCUCUUAGCCACUGAGCCAUCUCUCCAGCCCUGAUCUGUACUUCUUUCUUGAACCUCUCAAUCUCAGUUGCCUACUCUGUGUAUUUAAAGUCUCCAUUAAUUAAAAGAAAAAAAAAAAUAGCCAGGCAGUGGUGGCACAUGCCUUUAAUCCCAGCACUUGGGAGACAGAGGCAGGCGGAUUUCUGAGUUUGAGGAGGCCUGAUCUACAGAGUGAGUUCCAGGACAGGCUCCAUAGCUACGGAGAAACCCUGUCUUGAAAAACCAAAGAAAAAAGUUUGCUUUGUGUGUGGAUCACAUGGUGAAUCCCAGAAUUCAGGAGGCAGAGGCACGCAGGUCCCUAUGAGUUCAAGGUCAGCCUGGUUUACUUAGCAGUUUUAGAGACCCUGUCUCCAAAACCAAUCAAACAAACAACCAAACAAACAAACAACCCAAAAAAAUCCCCCAAAAUCAAAAAAAAACUAAAGACAGAAAAAAUUCUCCCCAGUCUCAGUUCAUCAACUUUCGGCCUCGUGUUCUUUCUUCUCUCUCUUUCUCCCCUGGCAAGAGCAGGUUUGUGUGAGGCUAAGGGGGGCCCUUGGGGAUAUAUUUGUGGAGAUAUUGACUAGAUGUUUAGUUAGAGGGGCCUAGAGCAGAGCUGGCAGAUAGAGUGCCCGCUUGGCCUGCGUGAAGCUCCAGCACCACCUAAGCUGUGUGUGGCAGUGCCAAGUGGAGUCCGAGUUAGGAGGAUCAGCUAUGUAGCCAGUUCAAAGUCAGCCCAGGCUUCCUGAGACCUACUCUUGGUGGGGAAGAAUCCAGGUGGCGUGUAAAGGUAUUCUCAGCACUGGAGGGAGAGGCAAGGUAAGUGUUGCCGGAAGCUUUGGGUGAGCCAGUUUAGACAUUGUACGACCUUAUGUCUAAACAAAGACAGGGUGGCGGGGGAGAGAAAUCGAGGAAUUGGGGGAGGGAGUGGCUGAGUCAGCAGUGGGAAGGUGAAGUUCAAGACCACAGAAUUGGGCGCCAGCCCCGAGGAAGUAAACGCAAACAGAACAAAGGAGAGCCAAGGAGUCAGAGAGAGGCGCCCAAGCCGGGAAGGACAGCCCUGCAGGAAGGGAUUGAGGAAAGGUAGGUAGCGUUGGGUGGGCUGGAGACUGACCAUAGUCACAGUCACUCAGGAGGCUAAUGUGACAGGAUCCUUGGGGCUGAGGCAUUCGCUCCAGCCCGGGCAACAGAGCCAAGAGGAACAGGUGUUUGAGGGCGGAGGGGGGUGAACAACUGUGCCAAAGGUCAAGUGAACUGAGAUCUAAGCAUUUACUUGAUCAGUGACUCAUUUAUUUGGGUUUCUCUGUGUAACAGCCCUAGAUGUCCUGGAACUUGCUCUGUAGACCAGGUUGGACUGGAACUCACGGAGUUGGCCUGCCACUCUCUUCUGAGUGCCUGGUUUAAAGGCGUGUGCUACCUCUCCAUCCUAGGACAUGAUCUGGAACCCCGGAAUGGCUAGCUCAAUGGGACGGCGGUGGGAAGCAACAGAUAUUUGGUUGUCACUUUUCUGGACACUGAGCAGAGAUUCUUUCGACUUCUGCUCUGGACUGAUUUGUUUUUCAGCAGAUCAUCACUGGACAACACCAUUAGACUGGCAGAUGCAGCUGACCCAGACCCUGGCUGGAGGAACGUGUUGGACUCUUUGGUAUCUGCUUCAGGUAAACCGGGUACCUUCCAACGUAGGAAAACGAGACGCCGACACCAAUGCUGCAUCUGCCAGUGCCUUCUGGGAACGGUGGAGUUCAUCAGCCACCCACUCCAGCCGCCACUCAACACGCAUCCAAUAUGUCAAGGCCGUAUGUGUUAUCCGCUGAGGAGUCCAGGCAGAGUGAGGGUGAAGGGGGGUCACAGGUCAUUCUGUCCCUACCUGAGCAUGGUGUGAGGUACUCCUCCCCGCUGCCUCCUACACCUUCCCAGAUGUAUCAUCAGCCGCCAUCUAUCCACCAACCCGGCAGAAUGAUGGCCUUAGGGAGUCCAGGUACUCUGGUGGGAGUGAACAUGAUGCCUCACAGUGGCCUGCUAGGCUCAGCUUCCAGCGGCGUCCCAGUAAUGGCCUGCAGCAAUGUCCCACUGAUGCCUUAUCCUGUCCCCUCAACAGUACCUGCUACCACAGGCUCUUUAAGCAAUGGAAUGUUGUUGGUCCAAGGCAUGGCUCCCAGCGGGGCCUGUGCCAUGCCUCCCUCGAUGGAUCGGAUGCUGCACUUAAAUCCCUACAAUCUUGGGAUGCCCCCAGCUAAGCUUCAGCCAUUGCUGACUUUAGAUUCCCAGGACUCGCUUGUGACACAGUCAAGUUUCCAGGAAGGACCUUUCGUAUCUGAGCAGCCCACACCUAGUCCACAGGGUUCAGAGAGCCCCAGUACUUCAGCAGAGGCAUCUGGGAGGCCAUCUCCACCUUCAAGGCCUCAUGUCUGCCCGUAUGAUAACUGCGGGAAAGCUUACACCAAGCGUUCUCACCUCGUGGGUCAUGAGCGUAAACACACAGGUGAGAAGCCCUACGUGUGUGACUGGGAAGGCUGCACGUGGUCUUUCUUCCGCUCUGAUGAGCUCAAACGACAUAGACGGAUCCACACCAGAGACCGGCCACAUAAAUGCUUGGAGUGUGGCCGGCAGUUCAUGAGAUCCGACCAUCUCAAGCAACACCAAAAAACUCAUCAGCGCGUGCCAGACUUCCCGAUGCCUCAGGCCAACAGCAAACAGGAGGACGGACAGAUGGGCGGUCCUCCUGCUCCUGGUCAGGGGCUUUAGCUCCUUUUCCUGGAUUCUCUAAACCAAGACCCUACUGCCCCAGACUGGGUCAUUUCUGGGGCAGGUGAAAGUUCAGAUGGAGACAGGAAGUGGUGAGGAGGCUCACGUGAAGCUCUUGACACCAGCGUGGAUUCCUCAAAAAUAUGGUGCCUCUCAGGAAUUAGUGACUUCUGCUAUUUAUCCAGAUGAGAAGAUGGAGCCAUGGACUGGACUUAGUUUCUCCUGUCCGUCAACAGCAGGGAACACUCUCAUGCCUGCCUAUUCCGUGAAGCCAUGUUCUCUCCCUGGGUCUUCCACAGUGCCCAGGGCCGGACCAUGGGAAAGACAUCUUAGUAUUAGAAGGUACUGAAAACGUUCUAUGCACCGCAUCAGGCUCCCUCUGGCCUUCACCAUCCAUGUGCCCAGAGUUUCUCUUCCCAGGUCUCAACCGGAAUGCUUCACUACAGGACACACAUCUGGCAUUCCAUGGGGCCACCAAAACUAAGCCAAAAUCAGUCUCAAGGACACUGAUAGUCAUGGGGGUAAACUCCAGGAAAGAGGAGAUUUGAGAGAGACAGAUAGUGAUUCUCUCUAUCCCCACAAAUUGUUGCAAGUAUUGCUUGUCCCCAACAGCAGUCUGGGGAGACCUCCCGAGCACCCUGCAGACACGCCCUUCAAGGUUGACCAUGAAGCAGUGCCCAUCACGGAAGUGUAUGCUGCUUGGGGCCACUGUCCAUUCCUUCCCUUCCACUUGCUCUCCCUCCUAACCUUGGUGUUGAAUGUCCCCAAUAAACACAGUGUAUAUGCUGUUUAUAAACUGGUGUGGGGAAUGGGAGGGCUCAGGACAAAUCCCACCAUAACGUCCUCUCUACCUGGCCCAGGUAUCAGGUUGCAGGUCAUUUAUGUAUUUUUUAAAAAGUAUAUUUAUUGUGUGCACUCGUGUGCAGGUCAGAGACAACUUUGGGGAGCCAGUGAUCUCCUAGCGUGUGUGGCUCUGGGAUUGAAUUCAGGUUGUCAGUCUUGGCAGGAAGCACCUUUCUUGUUGGCUUUUGUUUGGUUUUGCUUUUGAAAAAGGGUUUCACUGUGGCGCCCAGGCUGAGUUGCAGGUGUGAGCGCCCACCCAGUUUCAGGCUGUCUCCCCUCCCGUCCCCUCUGGUUCUGAGGGACAAUAAGUGUCUGGUAGCUCACCCUGGCUGUCUUCUGGAUUCAGUCGGCCAUUUUACUGAACAUUAAGCUAACAGAAAGGAGCUAGGCCUUAAGUCAUCCUCCUUGUAGGAGCUCAAUAAAGGUUUAAAGUUAAAAAGGUUAAGGAGCUUGGCUAAGCCACCCAGUGGCAGAGCCAGAACCCCAAAUAUCCCUGCCCUCAAUGUGGGUUUCUUCCCUAAGAGCUGGCACCUGCCAUAGGUGUUCGAUAGACCCAGGCCCAGUCCUAUGCCAGGUGUUGGCUACAGAAAGGUGACUCCAUCUUAACACUUAAGGGACCAUGUUGGGCUCACCAAUUCAGAAGCCUCCACAACACAACAAAUGGGUGCGGGCACAGAGGAAGGAUGUACCAGGAAGAACAGGCCUCAGGUCUGAGCCAGACCUUAAUCAUAGAGGCUUAGCCAUGCCUCACCGGACAUCCUUGGUUGAGCGUCCUGAGCACUGAAGAGUUAGGCACGGUCACCUUGACUGUUAAGGAGCAGCUACUGUUAGAAGCAGGUGUGUUAGCCUGGAGUGGUGGUAGGUGCCUGGAAAUGCAACACUCAGGAGAUGGAUGUAUUCUUUCUCCAAGUGCCAGGAUUAUAGGUGUGUGCCAAUGACAAGGGUGUGGUGCUGGGGGGGAGACCAGGGCUUCAGGAAUGCUAGCCAAGCACACUACACCAAACUACACCUGCAGUGGAAAGCUUGUAUCUAUGGUGCAAUUGAAAGAAUACACAUUUGCCCUUUUUAGUCACUUGAGUCAAAGAAUUCAUUUAUGUAUAGAGUCUCCUUUUAUCCUCCAGAGAUGUAACCACUCUUGGGUCUUGGUAAAGCUGGUGUUGCCUUUAUCACAUAUGGAUCCCUCGCUAAGCAAUACAGUGAUUGGUUUUGUAUGGUUUUACUGUUUUUACUCUGUCUGAGGUUUAAUAAAUUUUAAUAUGAA